CCUCUAUUCCCUUCUCCUCUCCACUAAUUCUUUGUUCAAGAGAGUGCUUCGGCUCUCUGAUGAGUCCCGUUUUAUUACAGGUGCUACGGCAAUCAUAGUCGACACCUGUGUUUUCCUCGUCCAGCUAACACCUUCUCGAGAUCAUCCGCUGUGUCGUUGAUCUCCUUCGCAUCUCCAUCGUUGAGCUUAAAGCAUUAGAUUCCAGCUCGUGUUACGCAUUAGAAAAAUUGCCGCCAUGUUUCGUACCACAGCCGUCAAGGCGACCAGCGGCGGUAUGCUGCGCGGUCCUGCCUGCUCUUCCUGCAGGAGGUCUCUCUCUCUUGCAUCCACUGCCAGAUCUGCUGCCAACCGCAGCUCAAAACUUGGCCUGACCACCAGACGUCCUCUCGCCCUUGUCGACCGCUUGUCCAACAAGAGGCAUUAUGCCGCGUCCGCGGAGGGUGUGGAUGCCAAUGACUCUUUCCUCUCCGGAAACACCGCCAACUACAUCGACGAGAUGUACGUCGCAUGGAAGCGGGAUCCCUCCAGCGUCCACAUCUCGUGGCAGACGUAUUUCAAGAACAUGGAAGAGGGUAAAAUGCCCGUCUCCCAGGCUUUCCAGCCUCCUCCGACCCUGGUUCCCACCCCUACCGGCGGUGUCCCGCAAGAGAUGCCCGGCGAGGGCUUGUCUUUCGCGGCCGGUACCGAUGUCACUAAUCACCUGAAGGUCCAGCUGCUGGUCCGCGCCUACCAGGCUCGUGGUCACCACAAGGCCAAGAUCGAUCCCCUUGGCAUCCGCGGCGAAGCUGAGGCGUUCGGCUACAACAAGCCCAAGGAGCUCGAGCUGGACCACUACGGCUUCACUGAACGCGACCUGGACCAGGAGUUCACUCUUGGACCCGGUAUCCUGCCCCGCUUUGCGACCGAAGAGCGCAAGAAGAUGACCCUGCGCGAGAUUGUCGCUACUUGCGAGAAGAUCUACUGCGGUUCCUACGGUGUGGAGUACAUCCACAUUCCCGACCGUAAGCCGUGCGACUGGAUCCGCGACCGCUUCGAGAUCCCCCAGCCGUACAACUACUCUGUCGAUGACAAGCGCCGCAUCCUCGACCGCCUCAUCUGGUCCCACAGCUUCGAGUCCUUCCUUGCCACCAAGUUCCCCAACGACAAGCGUUUCGGUCUGGAGGGUUGCGAAACCCUUGUGCCUGGUAUGAAGGCCCUCAUCGACCGCAGUGUCGACUAUGGCAUCAAGGACAUCGUCAUCGGUAUGCCUCACCGUGGUCGUCUGAACGUCCUUUCCAACGUCGUCCGUAAGCCCAACGAGUCCAUCUUCAGCGAGUUCGCCGGCUCCACCGAGCCCUCUGAUGAAGGCUCCGGUGAUGUCAAGUACCACUUGGGUAUGAACUUCGAGCGCCCUACCCCCUCGGGUAAGCGCGUUCAGCUCUCUCUGGUCGCCAACCCCUCCCACUUGGAAGCCGAGGACCCGGUCGUGCUCGGAAAGACCCGUUCCAUUCAGCACUACAACAAGGAUGAGACCGAGUUCAACUCUGCCAUGGGUGUGCUGUUGCACGGUGAUGCUGCCUUUGCCGCCCAGGGUGUCGUCUACGAGACCAUGGGUUUCCACUCCCUCCCCGCCUACUCCACCGGAGGUACCAUUCACAUCGUUGUGAACAACCAGAUCGGUUUCACCACCGACCCCCGGUUCGCCCGCUCCACUCCUUACUGCUCGGACAUCGCCAAGUCCAUUGACGCCCCUGUCUUCCACGUCAACGCGGAUGACGUUGAGGCCGUCAACUACGUCUGCCAGGUCGCUGCUGACUGGCGUGCCGAGUUCAAGCGUGACGUUGUCAUCGACAUCGUCUGCUACCGUAAGCAGGGUCACAACGAGACUGACCAGCCCUCGUUCACUCAGCCUCUGAUGUACAAGCGCAUUGCUCAGCAGAAGAGCCAGCUUGACAAGUACGUUGCCAAGCUGAUCGAGGAGGGUACCUUCACCAAGGAGGACAUCGACGAGCACAAGAAAUGGGUCUGGGGCAUGCUGAACGACAGCUUCGACCGCAGCAAGGACUACCAGCCUACCAGCAAGGAAUGGCUCACCUCCGCCUGGAACGGUUUCAAGACCCCCAAGGAGCUUGCCACUGAGGUUCUGCCUCACCUCCCCACCGGCGUUGAGGGUCCUCUGCUGCAGCACGUUGCUGACAAGAUUAGCGGUAACCUGGAUGGCUUCACCCUCCACCGCAACCUCAAGCGUAUCUUGAGCAACCGCAAGAAGUCUGUGGAUGAGGGCAAGAACAUUGACUGGGCCACUGCUGAGGCUCUUGCCUUCGGUUCCCUCGUGUCUGAGGGUUACCACGUCCGUAUCUCCGGUCAGGACGUGGAGCGUGGUACUUUCUCUCAGCGUCACGCCGUCCUGCACGACCAGGAGAACGAGGGCACCUACACUCCUCUGCAGCACAUUGCUGAGGACCAGGGAAGCUUUGUCAUCUCCAACUCCUCCCUCAGUGAAUUCGGAGCUCUUGGUUUCGAAUACGGUUACUCCCUGACCUCCCCCAACGCACUCGUCAUGUGGGAGGCCCAGUUUGGUGACUUUGCCAACAACGCUCAGUGUAUCAUCGAUCAGUUCAUCGCUGCGGGAGAGUCCAAGUGGCUCCAGCGCUCUGGUCUCGUCGUUUCUCUUCCCCACGGUUACGAUGGCCAGGGUCCUGAGCACUCUUCCGGCAGAAUGGAGCGUUGGCUGCAGCUCUGCAACGAGGAGCCCCGUGUCUUCCCCGCCGGUGACAAGCUCGACCGCCAGCACCAGGACUGCAACAUGCAGAUUGCCUGCAUGACCAGCCCUGCCAACCUGUUCCACAUUCUGCGUCGCCAGAUCCACCGCCAGUUCCGCAAGCCCCUCGUGAUCUUCUUCUCCAAGUCUCUCCUCCGUCACCCCAUUGCUCGUUCCGACAUUGAGAACUUCACUGGCGAGUCUCACUUCCAGUGGAUCAUUCCCGACGAGGGCCACGGCAAGGAGAUCGAUGAGCCCGAGAAGAUUGAGCGUGUCAUCCUGUGCUCUGGCCAGGUUUACGCCGCUCUUAUCAAGCACCGUGAAGCCCACGGUAUCCGCAACACUGCCAUCACCCGUGUGGAGCAGCUGCACCCCUUCCCUUGGGCUCAGCUGAAGGAGAACCUGGACAGCUACCCCAACGCCCGCAACAUUGUCUGGGCCCAGGAGGAGCCUCUCAACGCUGGUGCCUGGAGUUACACCCAGCCCCGUAUUGAGACCCUGCUGAACGAGACCGAGCACCACAACCGCCGUCACGUUCUCUACGCCGGUCGCGCCCCCAGCGCCUCCGUUGCCACCGGUCUCAAGUCCGUCCAUCUUAAGGAGGAGCAGGAGUUCCUUCAGGAUGCUUUCACUGUCCACCAGGAGCGCCUCAAGGGCGAGUAAGUGGCUUUGUAGGUGCUUUGGUUUGGGGAGCUAGCGUCGGCUCGUUCUGGUCUUCAUUGUAUGAUUUUCCUUUGUCAGCAGCAUAGUGUACGAUGCUUAUACCGUCAUGCUUGUGAGGGCUUGGGUCGUUCUAGCAUCUGUUUUUGAUCUGGCCUGCCUAUACCUGCAUGUGUUCGUGCACGCGUGUAAAUUAAGAACCUUGAUAUAAUCAGUUUCUUUGGUUUAACUGG